UAUCACACUCGCCGCCGUUCUACACCCAUUUCAUUUUUCCUCCACCCCUAAAAGCCGACAAUGGCGACGCUGAAAGAGAUUCUAACUCGACGCCCUGUGGCGGCGACGAUCCGGCUCACCGUGCCAGCUGGCGGAGCGAAGCCGGCGCCGCCGGUGGGUCCAGCGUUGGGUCAGUACAGGCUGAAUCUAAUGGCGUUCUGCAAGGACUUCAACGCGCGUACACAGAAGUACAAGGCUGAAACCCCAAUGGCAGUCACCAUAACCGCGUUCACAGAUAACACCUUCGAAUUCUCGGUGAAGUCUCCAUCCGUAUCGUGGUACCUGAAGAAGGCGGCCGGAAUCGAGUCCGGCAGCAGCCGCCCCAGUCACGUGACCGCCUCCACAAUCACCGUCAAGCACGUGUACGAGAUCGCGAAGAUCAAGCAGAGCGAUCCGUUCUGCCAGUACAUGUCUCUCGAAUCAAUUUCCAAGUCCAUCAUCGGAACUGCCAAUUCCAUGGGGAUUAAGGUUCAGAAGGAGCUCGAUUAAAUUUCAAUUUUAUGGUAAAUCUUUUUUUUUUUUUACUUUCACAUUUGAACUGUAGUAAUUCUGUAUUGCGAAAAUUCGAUCUUAAUUUCGCAAUGAAUAAUUCUUACAAUGAGUAGUCAAAUGUGGAUUGGGCUUAAUAUUUAGGGUUUGUGUUUUUUGUUGUUGUUUGUUUCGAUUAUCUUCUAUUCAACACCUUUUGUUUA